GGUGGUGCAGAUGAAGCAGGAAGCCAACGACGAUGUACUUCUGGCUAAUUUCACGCCACGAUGUUUUCAACCACGCAGAUGCGUCGGAGCCUGCUGUUCCUGCUAACGACGGUCAUUGUCUUGGUGCCGUUCAUGCUGGGAUGCUUGCUCUACCGAAUAAGAGGCCUCGAUGACGUGAACCAUCUCUUCGGCUUCGGCAAACCCGUGGAAUCCACCAACGCCUACAACGACCGCGCCGGCAGGGCAGUGGCGCCGCACGCGCAGUGGGUGGAGCACGGACACCGGUGGCAGACUCCGCAACGGGGUCUCCGUCUGUUCUCGGCCCACUACCGCCACGAGCUCGGGUCCUCGUCGAAGCCCAUGAUACGAAUCAUUGCGCUUGCGACUACGGAAUUCCUGGAAACCUGCCUUGUGCAAGCCCGCGUUGUCUACCGGGACUACCCGAACUCUUUUCCUACCGAACCUGUCGUGUGCAGACGUUUGUCCCAACAACCAGGACCCAACGCCUCUCUGCUGCAUGGCGUGGUUCUCGAGUUAGCCACGGGUCAACCCGACGACCGCGUACCAGUUGCCUUGUCAAUCCAAACGAGUCAAGACCCCCGAUCCGUCGUGUGGAUCGCCGUGAACACGUCGUUCGUCGAGCCCCUCCGCGACAGGGAUUCUGUGGCCAUCUGCCUGCGCCUCGACGGCGCGAGCUCCGAACACGUGACCGAUUUGGCUGAGUGGUACCGGUCCCGAGGAGCGCGACAGGUCACUGUUUACGGCGUCGCAGCCAGAACAGCAAGCGCCGAGUUCAAGGCGCCUUCAUUUAAAGGAGAGUUUGUGUCCUGGUACGACCCCGAGAUGCUCGUCGGCGUCUCGGAGGCGACAGCUAUGUCGCUGAUGCUCCGCGACUGCGCGCUGCGCUCUUCGGCGACGUCCAAGUGCGUGGCGUUUCUGGGCGCCGACGAGAGGCUGGUGGUCGAGCCUCACGGCUCGCGGGCCAAGUGCUGCUUGCGGGACCCGCGUCUACUGUGGACGUGCGAGAACUCCUGGACGGUGUUUGUGGAACGCCGCGAUGGCAACGAGCUCUUUUCAGCUGGCGGCUCUUCUUGCGAAGGAUCUACUGCCAUCAAGAACAUCCCUUCAGCUAGCGAGCCGACCCCGCACCAUCGUUCGCCGACGACACUCUAUCGGCGCUGUGUCAACGGGACGAUGCGGGAGGCUGUCCUCUUUCGCGUCGAUGAUGGCUUGCUGGAUGGUUCGACGGCCGUGGGCGAAAAUUGGAGCCUUCUCGCGCCGUCCAUUGCCGUCUUGCGCUCAUACAUAGCCACAAGACCUAAUGACUGGAAAAACAAUUCGAAAGUCCGAGAGGCUUCUGCAUGGCUUUGAGCAUGUGUCACGAAAAUUUUUCUAUAGCUGUUAUUCUUUCUCUCUUCCAUGCGAACUUCAGUUCGCGUCUGCUACUCAAAAAAAAAUGAACAAA